AAGAGCGGAGCAAAACCGCCGAGCGGAGGGCGCGGCGGAAGAGUCGGUCGGCUCUCUGCUGCUGCCCCUUCGCCGUGCCGUUUUCCCGGGGCCGCGUGAAGCAGGGGCAGCUCGGCGAUGGCGUCCAUGGCGGCGGCAAUCGCCGCUUCUCGUACGGCGGUCCUGAAUGGGAACCGGCCGCUGGACGAGCGGGAACGUAAGCGCUUCAGCUACUUCUCUUCGCUCAACCCCAUGGCUCGCAAAAUCAUGGCGGAGAAGGAGCGCAUCCGCGAACGCUACGGGCCAGACUGGGAGCGGCUGCCGCCCCGCCAGCAAGACGAGAUUAUUGACAAGAGCCUGGUGCAGCCCAACAUCCAGGCCCGGUACGCGGCUCACCGAGGGGCAACCCGAGACAACCCGCCUCCGGUCUGCUACCCGAACCUGCGCCUCAAUACCGGCCAGAAGGUAGUGCGCUUCGGGGACGAGGAUAUCACCUGGCAAGAUGAGCAUUCUGCUCCUUUUUCUUGGGAAACGAAGAGUCAAAUGGAAUUCAGUAUUGCUUCUCUGUUGAUCCAAGAGCCGGGGGCUGCAGCACCUCAGCACGAACAGAAACAGCCUAGCAAAACCGCACCUGGCCCCCCAGCUCCCAAACCUUCCCAGGGUGGUAAACCUCAAAACUCAGAUGGGCUUAUACCAGCCAAAAAAGAAGAGGAGUCCUCAUUUUGGAAGAUCAAUGCUGAGCGCUCCAAAUACGAAGGGGAACAGUCUGAGUUCCAUUCGCUAACCCCAAGCCAAAUUAAAUCCAUGGAGAAAGGAGAGAAAAACCUCCAGCCUUAUUACAGGCAAGAAUCUGGUCCAAAAGAAGCAAGUAAAGCAGAGAAGCCUAGUGCUCCUAAGCCUGAAAAAGCGAUCGCCCCAGUUGUUCCCACCACACCUGUAGAAUGGGAAAAGCCUCUGUCCAGCCAACCUGCAGUUAGUGCCUUUGAUGCUCAUUCUGACCCUGCAGAGAAAUUGUCAUCUGCUGCAACCCAAAAGGAAGAUGCCCAAAGCAAUUUUGUUCCAGAUUUACAAGGAUUUGGCCAGAGUAAUGCAAAUAAUGCUAUCCUGAAGACAGGAUUUGAUUUUCUGGACAAUUGGUAGACAAAAACAAUCCUUCAGUUGGUUUUGGAGAAAGAUAAAAGAGCAUCUCUCUCUCCAUUUUGUCUUUUGGUUUCUGUUACUGGUUUUUCUGUGUGUUUUUUAAACUUUUUCCCGGUUCUUUUUUAAUGUUGCCCUUUGUACUAAUACUUUUUUGUAAAAACCUGAUGAGUAUUUGUAUUUUGAAGUGAGCCAGUGUUAGAAGGGUGGGCAGGUUUUUUGGUCUUUUAUUAAUUGCAAUUCUGCACAUUACAUUUGAUGAUCAACAAAGAAUAUCUUGCCUAAUAUUUGUAUGUAUGCUAAGGAAAAAGUGUGCAAUCUAUUUAGAGAGCAAAUGAAGCCAUCUGAUAGAAUACCCAUAUUUAUUUUACACAUGAAUGCCAACAGCUAAUUGGCCACCAUCUGUAUACAUUUGUUACAAGAAGAUAACUUUAUAUCAAGCACAGAUAGAUUUUAAUAUCAUCUGUCAGAGCCUUGGCCGGUAUGUUCUAGGUUCUGAAAUUAGUGGUCCAAAACAUUUUGUGAACACCAUAUGGUCUUUUCCUAAUAGAUGGAAGCACAGAGUCCAAAGACUAAAAUUUAGCACAUCUCUUUCAAAUUUAUUGUGCAGGAUAUAAAUCUGCAGACAUCUACAUGCUUAUUUUUACAUUAGCCUAUGACCCUUGACUCAGUUGGGGGGGGGGGGGAUCAAGCAGCUUUAGCUAAUGAGGUGCGCGCUGGGAGGGUGUGUAUAUUUUUGUUUGUUUUCUUUCUGUGAAAUGAGGCCCAAUUGGUACACAAAACAGGAUCGUUUGUUAAAAAUAAAACAUUUAAUGAAAUGUAUUUAAUAUGUUUUAAUAUAAAACAUCAAAGGAGAAGAAAGAGGCUAGCUUAGAGAAAUAAAUAUGUGGCUGGAGCUGCCUUUUACUGAUUAAAAACCAUUUGGUAAAGGGAUCUUCAGAAGAAACAUAACAUGAAAAAUAAUUAAUUUGUUUGAUCUCUUUUGGCCUAGCAGAACUGAACUUCAUUUUGAAAUUUAGCUCAUUUCCUUUACCCUCACCCCUGGUGUUAAAUUUCUUCAACAUAUUUACUGCAAGGCAUUCUGAUGCUUUCUUUAAAAACAAAACAUUGUAUUAAAAUAUAUAUAUUUCAUGAGAUUUCUGAUUCCUGGUACAUAGUGUGAAUAGGAUCUGAAUGUAUCAUAAAGAUCCUGUUGUAUUAGAUUUUCUGUUGUUUCAAUAUUACACAGAAACUAUUUUUCAUGGAGAAACACUUUAAUGAUGACAUCCCUCGCCUGCACCUUGGAGUGGUCCAGCAUACCACCUUCUUUGGCUGCACACACAGAGACCAGCCUAGUCCAGCAUCUGCAGCAUCCAGAAAUAGUUAAUGCAACUGUCAUUGCAUUUCUGUAACUUUAAACAGUAUUUCUCUCCCCAUCACCUUCAAGCCUUAAUUCCCCUUUCUGCACAAAUUGUAAUUUCUUCAACCAAAUACCAAAGGUUAUUGAAUUUCUGCUUUUGACCUUGAGAAUCGAUUUCCUGGGAGAUGACCCAAUAAUAGAGAUACACUGUGCAUGUGUACCUCUGAUGCUAUACGGAAUUCUUACAAAGCCUAUUUGGGCACUGUAUCUGUUGUCAGGCUGGCUAAUUGUAGCCUUCUUACAUACUAGCCACCAGAUAAGUGGUUCCACUUUCAGAGUUGUCCAUUGUCCAUACCUAUGAGUGGUGUGAACUGAAAAUACACUUCUCUACAAAUCGUGUGUUGUUCUGUUUUAUUUCAGAUUACUUCCUGUUCCUUCUGCUGCUUAUAUAUACUCAUUAACAAUGUUUAUGACAAAAGUUAAGAGGUUUAUUCUGAAUCUUGCCCUGAAAGAUAUAAUGGAAAAUAAGACUGGAUAGUCUUUGAAUUCAGUUCCAAAAAUCACGCUUUGCAAUGUGUGGAGGUCAGAAUAUAUAGCACGGAUAUAUGCAGCUGUCCCUCACAGACUGGAGCACCAAUUUGGAAUCUGAAACAAAGCAUUGCACAUUUCUAGAAAAUAAUAAAACAGAAUUAAUUGCAGAGAACACUAAAGAAAAUGCUCUUUUUCAGGAGUAUUUUAUUUGCCAUCACACAAACACACACACUGGGAUAUUUGUCCUGAAGAUGGGAGCAGAAGGUGGCAUCUUAUCUUCAGAUGCUUCACUUUGUCUUAAGAUAUUUGGAUUAAUUGGUUCUUAGUAACUAGCACCACAUUUCUUACUGUGGAGAUGUUGCUUUGGGCUUCCUGGUGCACACUUACACUGCAGCACAAUUAUUAGUACCAUAUAAGAGUCCAUUGAAUUGGGGAAGCAGAUGUAGAUAACUGACAUUUUUGGAAUGGCUUAACUUUUGCUACUCAAGAGGGAAGAUUUUCAUUAAUGAAAAUAAGUGCCUGACACAUGAUGGCAUCCUGUUUGUUGCCCUGUUUCGAUAUAUUUAACAAUACCGUACUUUAAAAAAAAGACCAGAAGGUUUUUAUUUAAGAAAAGAGUAUUUGAUACUUGAAAAAGAAACCAGUCUUUAAAAAGGAAUUGACAAAGUCCUUCAAGCUGAAGACAUUUCUGCAGUGUAUUUUGGGAUUAUAAAAAGGGAGGCUUUUCCAAUGUUGUCAGCCAGAGCUCAACAGUAUAAAGCGCUUUUCCAGCGCAGGGUCUCUUGUUCAAGUUAACCAAUUAAAAAAUUAAAUAAGUGCAGUUUGGUUUGACUAGAGCUUUCCGUUUAUAUGUUAGUGGAUGGGGGUUAAUGUCCUGAUGUCAUUGAAGCAACAUUUUUAGUUUGCUGCUAUUAGGCAAUGAAAUUGGGCCUAAUCCUUGUGUAUCUAUCUCCAAUCCUGUUUACCUUAAUGAAAUUUUUGCAAGGGACUUCUGGAUGAAUUUUACUCUUUGGAACACUGUAUAUUGCCUUUCUUUUCAAUAUAGUUUCAUGGAUAAACCUGAUGUUUCUCCCUUUCGUAUAUGUUUUUAUUGAGAUUUUAU